GGUCACAAAGCCCAAGUGAACUCAGAACCCGGGUCACCAGGCAACCACAUUGUGGAGACAGCGCCCGACUGGGCUCAUUCGUUGGGACACCUUCGCCUGACGAACAUGUUCUCCUGUUGUGUGCCCGUGUCCCGCGGCUGCUGGCUCAGGGGAGCCCGUGGCUGCGACGCUCCCCGACCCGGGAGGCAGUGGGUCAGGUCGUGCACAGGACGCCUCAGGUCUCUAGCUCGCAGGGAGCCAAAGAAAUCAACGGAUGAAAUCGGGAGGCGACUGUCGGAAUCCUGCCCUACAGAGGUGUGCGUGUGCCCCGUCGCCCAGGAGGGCCACCCUGGACCCGGGGAGAGAGUGGCCGCACGGAGGUCUCCGGAAGCAGGGCCUGGAGAUGGCCUGGGAGGGCCUCCUUCACCGCCCGGGCCCCUCCACAGGGUCCUGGCUCAGCGGUCCUGGGACCAGGACCCGGAGCCCCCGGAGCCGGAGCCCGAGCCCGAGGAGUCCGGGGCAGGAGCAGAAGCCGGUGCGGCUCUAGAGCCCAACCCAACAGCCUCGGGGACCUCGGCGGCUCUGGAGGCAGGGGUGGCGUCCGGAGCGACUCCUGCAGGGGCCCGGCAGCCAGCAGGUGACCUGGGACCUGUGCGGGGACAGCGGGCACCUGGGCAGAGUCAGCUGGGUCCUGCUUCUGCUCCCAACACCGUUCCUGCCACCGCCCUUCUCCCCGCCCCUGCCCCCGCCCCUGCCACCGCCCUUGCUCCCACAUGGAUGCCAGCCACUGAUCGAGGGCCUGAGGGCCUACACGGGGUGUUUAUUUUAUUUCUAGUUGUUCCAAUCCCCGACCCUGACACCCUACCACAAUGUCUCUUCCUCUUCUCCCUUAUCCUUUCUCUCCUCUUCUUUUUAGCUGUGACUUUAUUUCUGCACUGUUGGUUUAUAAUCCAUAUUAAUCUUCAGUAAAAUUUUGAUUUACUUUA